AUGGCCUCUCUUACGGAUUUUAUCGAUUUUUCCUCUAAACCUUUACUAUGGUCUGCCGCGACAAUUGCUUUUAACCCAAUUUUCUGGAACAUUGUUGCCCGCGCAGAGUACCGCAACCACUUCUUGACCCGCAUCUUCGGAGGCGCGUACAAUGGCUGCUAUUUCCUUGCAGUAACCAUCUUUUCGCUCGGAAUUCUCCGUGACCAUGUCUACCAACUUGCUCUAGCUGACCAACCCUUCUACGCUCCUGUCCACCAACCGAUCGUUGGAGGUGUCUUGUUUGCUAUCGGCUCGGUCCUGGUUCUCUCCAGCAUGUGGGCUCUUGGCGUGACUGGUACCUACCUUGGCGACUACUUCGGUAUUCUCAUGGACGCUCCCGUCACCGGGUUCCCUUUCAACGUGACUGGCUCACCGAUGUACUGGGGCAGCACCUUGAACUUCCUCGGUGUUGCUCUGUACCACGGCAAGGUUGCUGGUAUUCUUUUGACCGCCCAGGUCUUUGUCCUGUACUGGUUCGCUCUUGGCUGGGAAGAUCCUUUCACUGCUGAGAUCUACGCCAAGCGUGAGCGUGAGCGUGCCAAGAAGCAGGGCGGCAAGAAGCAAUAAGCGCCCUGAAUGUAUAACAGGAUUGGCCGGGACAUUCAACAUCCACAAUCCGCACACCAAAAGAGAGGCCGAGAGAGAGAGAGGCCAGAUUGCUCCAAACAAC